CCCCACCCCACCCCACCCUCUGCCACCCUUUCACCACCAGAGAACACCAUCACCAUGUGGAUCCGCGUCGUGGAGGCAUGGCUUGUAGCACGACUCUUGGCAAGCCCGACGUUCCACCGCGCGGUGCGCCGCGUCCACGGAAGGCUCACGGGCGUGCGCCACCUCCAGGACGAGGAGGAGCCGUCGAAUCUGCACACGGGGCAUGAAGGUGGCUCCGACGUUGACAAUGUGCAUGCAGGCGCGGACCAGAAGUUGCCCGUCCAGAAGAAGGUCUCGGCGUUCCUGAAGAUAUAUGUCGAUGAGCUUAGGAACGAGUUUCGCAGGAAACCGUGAUGCUCCUGCUGCUUCCCGCUCACGACCAUGUACAGUACUUGCAGAAAUAUAUCUCCCUUUUUUCCCGCUUUUUUUUUGUUUUUUUUGUUUGAGCUUUCCGUGCAUUCUUCUUUUUCUUUCUAGCUUCGUCUCUGCCCUGUGCAUUAUGACAGCUUUCCCCGGACAUAAAUUAAGCUGCUUGAUCACUUCCGUAUCAUGCUGGCUCUCAUUCCGUCCGAAGAUUAUACCUCCCAGUACCAGACCGGUUUGAGAACCCUUCCUUGGCGGAAACUUCCGCAGUGGAGCGUUUCUUUCAUGUCCAGCGUGCACAUUUAUUUUAUUUAUUUUUAUUCUUUUGGAGGAUUGUUGGAGAUUAUGGAGAUCAAUACACACGCGUCGAAUAUUCUCAAAGACGGUCCAAGUGAGGCAUGUAGAUAGAAUCAUUCUUUGAAGAAAAAGCAAACAGUAGAGAUACGAGUACACAAAAACAAACUCUAGUGAU